CACGUUCGUGUGGUUAUACCAUUCUGCUCAUGCGUAUUGCGCUCUUGCAAUUAAUUUUGAAGUCGUUCACGACGAUUUUUCCGAUAUUGUGUGUUGUUUUGGGCCACCCAAAGAAUUUAUUUUUCAUUCACUUGGGCUUUCGACAAUAACAUCACCAUGCCUGUCACUAAACUGCCAAAUCGGUUGUAUUACUUUCCAAAACCGAACCGAUGGCAAAAGGGUAUUGGUAGUGAACUACCAGAGGCCUACAAGAAAUUCUGGCAUGAGUGGAAGCUUCGGACACCCACUGCAGUCCACUACAUCCCGGAGGAAGGAAAAUACAAAUGGGAUGAACAUCAGCAGACGGUAUUGCCCGUUCAGAACAUCCCUCUGCCCCUGAGAUUUCCCAAGGAGCAGGAUUAUGGGAUCUGGGGUGGCGAGGCCAUUGUCCAGGGUUACAGGAAGAAAGGGAAGUACCGCAUGAAAGUUGCCAAGUUCUGGGUGCCCACCCUUAGGCGUUCUGUCGUUUACAGCGAAAUCUUGGAUACUCACAUGAAGACCACUAUUACCAUGAGGACGAUUGAUUUGAUCCACGAGCAUUACGGUUUUGAUCAUUAUCUGCUCAAGACGCCAGCGUGUGAUUUGAAGUCUCUAUUAGCUGUUAAACUCAAGAGGGAAAUUUUGAUAGCCCUGGCUGAUAAAACAUUGUAUCCACAUGAUCCAGAGAAACGAGAGGAAGUUUAUAAUAAAUAUAAAGACUAUUUAUCUGCGUACACGAGAGAAGAAAUUGAGUGGUACGGUUUAUCCUAUAAAGAUGCGGUGAAGAAGUGGAUCGCGAUAAAGGAGCCUCUCGAGAAACCCGAGCCAUUUAAGAUCAGGUACCGAUCAGAAUUAAUUGCUGAACUUAAAGCAGCGAAGAUUGCUGAGGCUAUGGAUGCGGAUGUUGAACGACCGAGCGAAUCAUGGAUCGCCAAAAUCAAUCCAUUCUCAAAAACUCCGAAGACUGAGUGAUGCGAACCUACUGUAAAUAAAAACUAGCGAUUAAAUCGAAAUAAACAACAGUUCCAUUACUAAA